AUGGAUGACUCCCACGGAAAGUCUUUACCCAUAGGCUUCCGAUGGCGUUCCUCGAAAUGGUUUGUUCUCUCGACCAUCGCAGUCGCGUUGUUUGCUGAGACUUUCCUCUAUGGAUUUCUGGUCCCCAUCCUCGGUUACAUGUUGGAGAAUCGUCUUCAUGUUGAGCCCUCUCAAAUCCAAAAGUUGUCCUCCACCGUACUGGCCCUCCAUGGCGCAUUUGCCGUCAUUUCCAGUCCAAUAAUCGGACAUUUCGCCGACAAAAGCUCUGGCCGCAAGACAUCGCUGUUAUUGUCACUUGUAUGCUGUAUAUUAGGCACCGUCAUGGUUGCUGGCGCUGGCUCAGUAUCCAUGCUUCUCUUAGGUCGUGUGCUGCAAGGUAUGGCAGGGUCUGCGGUGUGGAUUAUUGGCUUUGCAACGGUUUCAGAUAUAUUGAACGAAGACGAUUUAGGCUUUGGGAUGAGUUUGAUGAUGUCGUUUGCAAAUGCAGGGACAAUCACCGGACCUGUAGUCUCGGGCUUGCUUAUAGAGGCUACGGGCUAUUGGGUGACGUGGUCGACUCCGCUCAUGGUCUUGACGAUAGACCUUCUAGCUCGAGUGAUCAUGAUCGAGAAUCCGCACACGAUUUCACUCUGUUCUCCAAACAAUGAUACAGUGGACACGAGUCCUGGAGAUGUGCAAAAUGUUUCCGGCACGGGUAAUUUCUGGAGGGUCAUGAUAUGCGAUAGUCGAGUUCUAACUUGUCUAAUGAUUACAUUUAUGAGUAUGGCUGUGACUAGCAGUUUACAAGCGACUCUUCCUUUACAAGUUCAGCACAAAUUCGGGUGGGGUCCCAGCACCGUCGGACUCCUCUUUGCCGGUCUUGUCGCUCCUGGUGUUUUGAUUGGCCCUCUCGCAGGUUGGGUCCAUGACAGAGUUUCGGCAAAAGGCCCAGCGAUAGUCUGUUGCAUUCUCCAGGCAUUGGCACUAGGGAUACUGGGCACCGCUGGCAGAGAGGUUCUCUCGGGGAAUGUCCCAGCUACUGACGGUACAUUGUACAUAGUAUCCAUCAUUACUAUAGGCAGCUUACGGCCGUUUGUAUCUGGUAUCGCUCCCGUUGAAUUAGCCGACGCAGCCAAAAAACGGCAAGGAAAAACCCCAGGCGUUUUCGGGCCUCAAAGCGGUUUGUCACGAGUAUUUUCUAUGAUGGAUGCUGCAGCCUCCCUAGGAAUGAUGAUUGGCCCAAUUAUGGGCGGUUCUUUGAAAGAGCUUAUUGGCUACGAAUGGAUGAAUUGGACCUGGGGUCUAUUUUAUCUUGCUCUCGCUCUUCUUAUAACAUGCUUUUUAGAUUCCAGAAAAGUUGCUGAGACUGCCCUUACUGAAGACGCAUAA